AUGGACUCGGUGGAUACGCUCGUGUACCAGAUGGAGGACGACGAGCCGAGCGUCAAGCUCGAAGCGAUUCGCCGGCUGCGCGAGCUGGCGGCGACCUUGCAGCUGCGGCCGGCGCCGUUCCCGGUGCGCAACGCGCGGCGGUUCCUCAACUGCGUCCGGCGCCGCCUCCAUGACGCCGAGCCGCGCAUCGUGGCCGAGGCGCUCCAGUUUGUGUGCGACCUCGUGCCGGUCAUUGGCGCCGAGAACCUUGUGCAUUUGUACCAGAUCGUGCUGCCGCAGAUGCUGCCGAUGCUGCCGCUGGACCCCGAGUGGGACGACGAGGCGGCGUUCCCGCACUCGGCGCUGCACGUGCUCUGGGUGUACGCGCAGCAUACCUCGAGUCUGCAGAGCGUCAUGGACCUCCUCAUGAACCAGGGCUUAAACCACGAAGACGGCGCGGUCCGUGAAGGUGCGGUCGGGGCGCUCAAGACGCUCCUGCAGCGCAACGCGACGACGACGCUGCCGGGCGACGUGAGCUGGGCCAUGGUGCUCGAGGUGCUCAUCCCUGCGAUGGAGGACGACGAAGAGCGCUGCGUCGUCGCGGCCGAAGACGCAGUCGCGUGGCUUCAAGCGCACGUCGGCCAGAAGCAGUUCCAAAAGCUCCUGCAGACGCUGAGCAGCCGCGACCGCGCCAUCUUGGCCCAGCACGCCGACUACAUCCAGCAGUUUAUCGGUUCGUCCAACAGCCCGACGAUUGGCGUCGCGUCGGACGACCAGCUGCAAUUUGGGCUCGUGCCCAAGUGGAUCGUCGAGGCGCUGCGAAGUCCGAGCGAAGCACCGCCGACUGCCAUGGAUCUCUUGGGCCGCACCCUCUCGCCGCUCUCAUCCGGAGAGCUCUCGAGUGCGCGGAGCGAGUGGCUGCACCUCUUUGGCUUCCUUGCGCACCUCUGCGCGCAGCGAUCGCCGGCGCGAGACCGAGCACUCACGCUCCUUGAGGGGCUCUGCCGCUCCAUGGGCACGUACCUCGCCGAGGUCGUCUCGGUACUCGCGCCGAUGCUGGCGACAGUCCUCGCCGACACAGCGGACCCCGGGGCUCGACGCGAGCUCGUGCACAUUGUGUUGGGUGCGUGCCCCGUCGGUGCACUCCUCAAGACGCUUGUGCCAGCGCUGCAGCACGGCAGCUGUAAGGUGCGCGAAGCCGCUUUACAUCUCUGGACCAUCGCGACCUUGCGCCAGCCGCGCGACGGGCAGCCGUCGGCGGCCUGUACCGUCCUACACCUCGGCCGCGCCCUCUGCGACCCGAGCCCAGUCGUGCGCACGGCCGCACUCGACCUAGCAGCUGUCCUCGCCCACGUGUGCGCCGUCCCAAUCGUGCAGCUGCUUAUGGCCAACGCGGACGCCCAAGCCGACGGCCUCGACACGGGCCAGCUCCAACGCCGUCUUGUGCAGCGCGACGUGCCGUUUCUCGAGGCGUCAGGGCCGCGCUUGCUCGGGCGUGGCGAUGGCGAAGACAAGACCAAGCUAUGGCUACCGGAGGCCAAAACGCCCAAGGCGCCGCCGCCGACGGUGCCGCCACGUCAGCCCAAGGCCGAGGUGAGCCCGCAGCAGUCGGCCGAGCACAUUGCCAAGAGCCUCACGGUGCUCAAGCAGCGCUGCCUCAACAAGAAGCGGGGAACGACGCCUCCGGACGGUCUCCGGCCGCCCGAGCGCAACCAAAAGGCAGGAACGCCCGUGGCCCACUCGCCCACCGAGGACCGCUUUCUGUGUGCAACGCGACCGUACGACGAAGACCGUCCGAUCAAACCGAUGCGCGUCAACGUGUACGAGAGCGACGACGCCGUUGUUGACGCGGCGCCGCCGGUUCGCGCGAGUAAGCCGAUUUCGCUUGCCACGGCCAAGCGCGUCCAGGCCAAAGAAGCCCUACCACCACCUGCGACCGUGGUCGAGCCCGAGCCCGAGACACCCACCGAAGCCCCGGCAAAGCCCAAGGUCAUGACGCUCGCCACACGUAAGCGACUCGAAGCCAAGCAAAAGCAGGACGAGGCAGCGCUGGUCGCCGCGCCCGUCUCGGCACGCAACGCCAAGCUCAAGACGGGCGACGACCUCAAAUUGGCGCUUCGGGCCGGCAAGCAAGAGUACGUCGCCACGUCCGAGCUCGACGCGUAUCCGCUGAUGAAGAGCGACAUGGCGCCGUGCCUCGGUCGUCUCCAGAGCGCCGAGUGGGAAAACCAGUUUGAAGGACUCACGGACCUCCGCCGGCUCUGCGUGCACGUACCGGAGGUCGUUGGCAACGCGGGCUUUCCGAGCCUCCUCAAGCUCGUGUGCACGCACAUUGGCAACCUCCGAUCGGCCGUCGCCAAGAACGGGAUGCUGGCGGUGGAGACGCUCUGCCUGUACCUCGGGAAGCGCAUGGACACGGACCUGGACGACGUCGUGCCGCUGCUGCUCAAGCGCGCGGCCGACACGAACGUCUUCCUCUCCGAGUCGGGUGCGCAGACGCUCGAUGCGGUCGUCCGCGGGUGCUCAGCGCCGCGCGUUCUCAGCGCUGUCCUUCCCCACGUUGCGUCCAAGAAUCACAUCAUUCGCAAACAGGUGGCUAUCAUGCUCGGAAAGCUCCUCUCGGAUGGACGCCUCGACGUGGCGCGUGACGUCGACCGCGUCAUCAUGUCCGUCUGCAGUCUCGUCAACGACUCGAACAACGAAGUCCGCGAUGUCGCCAAGCCAACGCUGCUCGACCUGCGGCACCUCGGCGCGCUCGACGCCGCGCGGCUCCGGAAGCUGUGCCCGGCAUCCUGCGUCACCCGCGUCGAGCAAGUGCUCUCGAACGCGCCCGCCCCCAAAGACCAAGUCGCCAAGCCACUCGCGCGCACGCGCAGUGAGAAGGACGCGACCAAGUACAAACCGAUGGUGGUCGCCGACUUUGACAAGAUCCCGACGCUCAACAAACAGCUCGAGAGCAGCAACUGGAAGGAGCGUUUCGAAGCCCUCGAAGAGGUGCAGGCGCUCGUCCUCAAGCACGCGCCAGGCUUGUGCCAAAGCGGCAAAGUGCUGCAGGUGUUUGACGGGCUCAACAAGCGCCUCGACGACGGCAACGCCAAGGUCAACGUGUUCGCCCUCGAGACGCUGCAGGCGAUCAUUCCUGCGCUCGGCAACGGCCUCGACGCCGUCCUCGCCAACCUCGUGCCCAUCUUGACACGCAGCCUCGCCGCCAACAAUCAAAAAGUUGCCCAGUUGGCCGACGGCGCGUUGGAUCUUUUGUGCGCGCACGUCGAAGCCAAGCUGCUCGUGCAGCACUUUGUGUCGGUCACCAAGGUCGGCAACGCUCGCGUCAAGCCCGGCAUGCUCCUCAAGCUCGACCGCCUCACGCAGGACGCAGCGCUUACAACGACCCAGUCGGCCAUCCACAGGCACGUGCUGCCGCUGGCGCUCGACUUGAUCAAAGAGAGCAAGACGGACGUGCGCGACGCCAACCACCAGCUGCUGCGAUCGCUCUACAAGGCGCUCGGGCCGUCGAUGCUCGACUCGGUCUACAAGCUGCCCAAGCCGCACCAAGACAAGCUGUCGCAGAUCAUUGGUGUACACAUCACGACAGCCUAG